AUUUUACUCGAUAACAGAAUAUAGGCGGCAAUUGAUUUGUCGUUACCUCAUCUAGUUCGCUGAAAACGCACAGUGUUGUGUGAACGCAAGAAAUAAAAAUAUAGUUAGGGGUUUUAAUGAGGUGUGUAGCCACUUUAGUCUGGGGCCCAUAAAUUCUAAUUGGCUAGGAUGUAUAAUUAUGAAAGUGAUUAGUAACUUACAUCCGACUGCUUUGUCUGAAUUCACAGAAUGCAUCUGUGAACUAUUAUUAUCGUUACUUAGCACUUCAUGCUAUUGCUUCUCACUUUAAGGCACUUUCUGUCAGUUACACAGCUAUUUUUCUGUUGAUUUCAGCAUUGUGAGUAACCCUUUCUAUGGCAACUAUCGAUUUCGAAGAAGGAGAAGUAGAGGAUCUUAGUGAUUCAGGUCACGAGGACUCCGUGCAUGAAUACAAGGUUCAUGCUUCACAAAAGGUUGGUCUCCACAAACAUUCGAAACGCAAACGUCACUCUCAGCACAGAACAGGGAAGAUACGGGAUUCCCGUCGAAGGUCUGAGGCGUUAGCAGAUAGUUGCAAUGUUGAGACCUCUCAUACAGACUUUGAAAAUAAAAAUAGGCGUCCGAAGGAGCAAGACAAACUACCACUCCUGGAAUUUCUCUCUGAAGAUGAAGAAACUUUCGUUGUGGACCGCGAAAGAUUUGAUAAUCGAAGGUCCUCAGAAGUAAAUCGUAAGAAGAAGAAACGAAGGAGAGAUAGCCAACCUAAGUCUGUUUCUCAGUCCAGAUGUAGAUAUUAUAUGGAUGGUCGUUGUAGCAAGGGGAGUUCAUGUCCAUUUCUUCAUGAUUUUGUGCCAAACAAAAAAAAAGAGUUAUGCAAGUUUUAUGCUGUCGGUAUGUGUUCAAAAGAGUCUUCAUGUUCAUAUCUGCAUGAGGAAUUUCCGUGCAAGUUUUUCCAUCUCACAAAUGACUGUCAUCAUGGUGAUGAGUGCAAGUUCUCACACGCUCCUCUAACAGAUUUCACACGCAGUUUGUUAGAGAAGGUAGUUUCGAAGCAUAACAUUGAUCAUCCUUCAGCUAAAUCUGUGCAUAUACAGCAUACCGACCCAUUGAAACCGCCUUUGAGUGGUCGUCCGGGGAGCGAUAAUCACGGCGAUGUUGACUACAGGUUCGACCGAAUUCCUCCUCAAAUGAACUUGUCAUCCGAGAAGGAAAUUGGCAAUCCUGGUUUUCACCCUCAACGUAUGCCUGCCGUAACUCCAAAUCUUUUCGCUCCAAUUUAUGCACCUGGUCCUCGCCAAUUCCACCCAGAACAUGACUCUAUGCACAUUAGAGGAAUGCGUCCAUUCAACAUGACUCCUGGUGAACUGAGGCCUCAAAUUGUAUAUCCCAAGGAAGAACGCUGUUUCCUAUCUCCUACUACUUAUGGCCCUGUACCAUAUCCACCACAUCAUACCAUGCCUAAUUCAGCAUGUGUUCCUACAGUUAAUGGAUUCAGACAUCCAUCCUUACUUGAAACACCACCUAGAUGUCCUCAACCAAGAGUGAUGCUGCCAAGGAUGCGUAUGAUGGAUACUGGGAACGCUAGAUUCCCUCGAUUCACACCUAGAUGUGAGGUAUUUUGUGCCCCUGGAGUCAGGUCACCUACGCGACCGAUUUUUAAUUCGCUACACGAGGAAGCCAUUGUCAAUUCAGAGCUCGAUAAAAUGGCGGCUCUUCUUGCCUCCAGUAAACCAAUCACUUGUGAACCCAAAGAUGAUUCAUCUGUUCCUCCCUCAUCACCCUUAUGUCUAAAUGAGCAUAACAUGCAUCCUCGACUUGAAAGUGAAAGUCCACAACAAGUAAGUAAAUUAAACCCAGUGCCUUCGGUGGUCACUUGUAUUUUGCUUGGAGUAAUGCCUUGUCUUUGCUUAGGACCGAAAAACAUUUUGAAAACUACGAAGCAGUCACAUGGUUUAUCUUGUGAGAAGCUUUUGUUUAUGGAAAAUUAGCACUGCACAGUCAACAGUCCCGCUCAACUUCAGUCAGUAACCGUGUUUUGCGUUUUAUUUGCAAACCCAACCAUACUGCUUAUUUAAAAAAGCAAGUUAUGCUAGGUUCCUUUGAGCAACGUUGGAUCCCAUAAUCAACGUGUUAGAAACAUUCUAGUCCUGAUGAUUUAUGAAAUUUCGAAAAUUAAGUAGGUGUCAUUUUGCCGUAUGCUGUGCUAACAUUUGCCUGUCAUAAUUUUUCUCUACUCCUGCUGUUUCAGUUCUCAUUGAAAGAUAAAACAGAAGCACCAUGUCGCGAUAACCCGGUUGAAGACAAACUCGGACUGGAAUACGCUGCAAUUACUCAGCUUCAUGUCUCUUCUUCCCAAAGUCCAGUAUCUUGGCGGCUCAUACCGUUGGACAUGUCAGUGAAAAUCCCUUAUCCGUUGAUGCAACUACCUGUGGAUGACCUACCGCAUCGUUUUGAGGAUCCAAGACUGCGUGGACAGCUAACUACGCUCCGACCACAACCUCACUCAAGGCUUCCUGUAUGCAGCGAUCCAGAAUAUUCGAAGCACAGUAAUGAACUAGAGCCACAGAAUAACAAUGAAACAAAUGCAACUGGAAACACCGAUGAGAAUCCAAGUACCUCCACACAGAGACGGCCUGUUAAGCUGCAGCUGCAUGAAAUGGCUAAUACUUUUGCGAACAACUCAUCAGAACACUUAAGUGUUGCCAAUCGACAAGGUGAUCGUUCAUACCUUGAUGAUCCCCGAUUCCGAAGACGCAGGAUCAUGACUCAACCAGCAGCUACCCAACCAGUGAGCAUACUAAGCCAAAGUAGUCCCAAAAGUGCAACCCAAUCUACUCAGGAGUGCUCAAACUAAUAUUCAAGAUCUCAUCCAAGCACUUCAGUGUGCAUGUAAAUGAUUCCUGUCUCUCAUUACUUGAAAUACUUUAUUAAUAUCAUCAGCGUGUACAUAAAUAAAACAGCGUUUGAACAGAUC